UAACGGAAAAUCCAUCAAAAUUCUGUCCUCACUGUGGACCCCAGCGUCGGCUUCGCAACUGGCGGGCGGCGGCAGCGGCGCAACCAACGGCGGAGGCAGUGGCAGUGGCAGCAGCAGCACCACCAUCGAUCCUCAUCAUCAUCAUCACAGCGUUGUGGCCUCCUCGAAGGCCAAGUUCAAGAUCACCGUCGUGUCCACGCCCAGCCCCUCGCCACCGCCCACUCCCCCCACACACGGCGGGAUGGUGGAGACGAAUUCACCGCCGGCGGGCUACACCCUCAAGCGGUGUCCCAGCGAUCUGUCGGACGUACAGCAGCCGCCGCGCCAGAUCUCUCGCUCCCCGGGGAAUGUCAGCAGCAAUGCCGCCUAUCACCUGACCACCGCCAUGCUCCUCAACUCGCAGCAGUGCGGUUACCUCGGCCAGCGGCUGCAAUCGGUGCUCCAGCAGCAACAGCAGCAGCAGCACCAGAACCUCCAUCAAACGCAGUCGCAGUCGCAGACGCCAUCCUCGGACGAUGGCAGCCAGUCGGGCGUCACCAUACUGGAUGAGGAGCGGACGCGCGGGCUGCCAGUGGGCGCCACGGCAGCGUCCGCGGCGGCAGCCUCCCUCUUCACCAUCGACAGCAUUUUGGGCUCGCGCAGCGUCAAUGCCCAGCAGCAGGGCAGCUCCUCCUCGCACUCCCACUCCAGCAGCGGUGGCUGCCACAACAACAACCACCACAACAAUCACAGCGGCAGCAAUGGUUUGGGUUUGGGAGCUCUCAAGCGGAGCACCGAAUCGCCCGCCUCACCCAACUCCAAUUCGAGUUCGAGUGCCGCCGCCAGCCCGAUACGACCGCAGCGGGUUCCUGCCAUGUUGCAGCAUCCUGGCCUGCAUUUGGGGCACCUGGCGGCGGCGGCAGCAAGCGGUUUUGCGGCCUCGCCAUCGGAUUUUCUAGUGGCAUACCCCAAUUUCUAUCCAAAUUAUAUGCAUGCCGCAGCCGUUGCCCACGUUGCCGCCGCCCAGAUGCAGGCGCAUGUCAGUGGACACGGCGCUGCGGCCGCUGCUGCUGCCGCUGGUCUUGCCGGCCAUGGCCAUCACCCGCACCACCAUUCGCAUCACUCGCAUCCGCACCACAUGGGCCACCAUCACGGCCAGCACCAUCUGAGCCACCUGGGGCACGGGCCGCCGCCCAAGCGCAAGCGUCGGCAUCGCACCAUCUUCACGGAGGAGCAGCUGGAGCAACUGGAGGCCACGUUCGACAAGACCCACUAUCCGGAUGUGGUGCUGCGCGAGCAACUGGCUCUCAAAGUGGAUCUCAAGGAGGAGCGUGUUGAGGUGUGGUUCAAGAAUCGUCGGGCCAAGUGGCGCAAACAGAAACGGGAGGAGCAGGAGCGCCUACGCAAGCUGCAGGAGGAGCAAUGUGGCAGCACCACCAACAAUACCACAGGCAGUGGUGGCACCGCCAACAGCAGCAGCACCACUGGCUCGCCGCCUGGUGGCCCCAAGCAGCAGCAGCAGCAGCAGCAUCCCGGCGUCGAGCACUAUGCCGCCCAAAUGGUGCACAUCAAAAGCGAUCCCAAUGGCUACAGCGAUGCGGACGAGUCCUCCGAUCUGGAGGUGGCCUAAAUCGUGGCCAAACACCCACAACACCCACUGUACAUAUAGAUAUAGCUCUAAGAUCUAGUAAUAUGUUGCUAGUGCUUUUGUUUUGUAUAUAGAAAAAU